AUGUCAGCAUUCAGAGCUUUCAUGAUUUAUGAUUACUAAAGAAAUUUCUUCUUUAUGUUUAUAAGAAGAGGUUUUUAAGUGACUCCUAAAUGGAAUGGUUGUAGAAAAGAAUUGGAAAAUAAAUUAUAAGAAAUGGUCAAAGAACCCAAAGACAAUUUUGAGUAAUCUACAGAUUAUGGAAGGUUUAAAUGUAAGUAUGAUAAAAUGAACAGUAACAUAUUUUGAAUAAAUAAGAAUGUUAUUUCAUUUUAUUGAGCAGUAUGGAAGUUAAAGAGGAUUAUCAAAAUUAAGUUUUGGAUGAAAUAUAUGAUCUCUUUAAAAGUAUGCCUAAUUACUCAAAAGUAAAUAUUGCAUUUGCAAUCUUAGAUAAAAAAAGAGGAAUUAGAAAAAAAAGAAACUGAAACCAUAGAGAAAUUACUUGAAAUAAAAGAAUAAGAUUAUGCUAGAAAAUAUGGGAAAGUUAAAGCCUUUGAAGAACCAUAUGAGACUAAGGUUGAUGAUAAGAUUUAAUAACAAGUACUUAUAUAGUAAUUAAAAUUAGAGUAAAAUAUAAUCAUAGCUAAAAGUUGGAUCAUAAAUUAAUAAUCAAUCAAAUUAAAGAGCUAUAUCUUAAAUUUAAAAUGGUUCUGUUGGUUAUUAAAAAAGUCAUGGAUUUAAUUCUGAUAAAGAUUUAAGUGCAGAUACACUUAUUAAAAUAUUUAGAUGUUUUAUGAUGUGGGAUUAUAAUAGAUAAUUCUUUUUUAUGUUUAUAAGAAAAGGAUUUCCACUUGAUAAAACUUGGAGUCAAGAAAGAGUAAAAUUAGAAACAGAAAUUAAGGCUAAAUAAUUGGAUCCAAAUGAUCCUAAAGCAAAACCAAAAGAACCACCUGAAUAAUUCAGUUAUAGAGGAAAUUUUGGUUAAUAUAAAGCAAAAUACGAUAAAAAAGCAAGUAUGAUUCUUAUACUAUUUUAAGAAUGUUAUUUUGUUUUACUUUCUAGAUUCAAAAUUAAAGAAGAUCCAUAAAUUAAACUUUUAGAAGCAUUAUAUGAUGAAAUAUAAAAAGUAGAUAAAUAUAUUAAUGUAAAAAUUUUAAUUAAUUUUAGUUAAAAUAUGAUGCUUUAGAAAGUAAGAAAAAAAGAGAUUUAGAAAGGAUUAUAGAUGAGCAUGAAAAGGAAUUAGCAAAUCAAGUGAGUUAAAGAUUUAUAGACACUAAAAUGUUAGAAUCAAGAUUAGGUUUUAUUCAUUCUCCAGAGAGAGUAUCAAAUAAUAACUUGUCUUCAAAAAAGAGUUCAAUAUUUAUAUCUAAUUAACUUUAAUAACCAUAAUAAUAAUAAUCACAAAUCAACUCUGCAUAAUGUUUACAAUAACCAUUAAUAAGUCAAUAAUAAUAAUAACCAAAGCAAGAAGAAAAUUUAUUUAAAUCAGAAAAGUUAUAAAUUAAUGAUAAUCCUAUUAUUGAUGAUAAUGUAGAUGAUACUGAAAAUAUCCCAAAUUAUACAGAAGAAGGUUAAUUAGCAUAAAGAAUUAAUUUGUAUUAUACCAAGCCAUUAAAAGUUUCUUAAUAUAUUAAAUCUGGGAAUUGA